GAGGCGUUCUCGUUACGCGGCAGCGGCGGAAGGGGGGCCGCGAGGCGGCGGUGGGGAGGGGGCACCCCCGAGGCAGAAGGGGUGCGGAGAGGCCUGAGGCGGCCAAGGGGAAACUGGCGCUGAGCACCCCAGGCGAAGGCACCUCGGGCUUUGCCCUACAGCGGAGCAUUCUGGGCCGGGCAGCAUGGACCUUCACCCUUCCGUGACCAGCCGCUACCAAGUGCUUCGCAACGAAGAGAACGACCGGGAACCGCCGGCCGUGGAGCAGCCCUCCACGCCCAUGCACAUCACACCCAUGACGGCCCCUCCGACGCCCGCGACUUCGCCUUCUGCCCCCGGACCGCCAUUACCUGAAUGGAGCCCCUCCCCUCUACCCUACGGCCCGUUUCCCGCGAAGGCCCAGACCAGCCCGGAGCCCAAGGGCCCCUGCGAGCCGUUCCCGGUGCCGCCGCCCUACAGUGUGGCCACGUCCCUGCCCUCUUACGACGAAGCGGAGAGGGCCAAAGCAGCGGCCCUGGCCGCCAGCGCCGGCGCCUCCAGGGAGCCCUCCCAGGGAGAGGAUGUCUUCUCUUCGAGGGAGGCCUCGACCAUCUCGGAUCCUGACCCGCUGCGGGUGGGCAACGACGGCAUCUUCAUGGUAGCCUUCUUCAUGGCCUUCAUCUUCAACUGGGUGGGCUUUUGUUUAUCCUUCUGUACCACCAGCUCCAUAGCGGGGAGGUACGGUGCCCUCUGUGGGUUUGGCCUUUCCUUGACCAAGUGGAUCCUCAUCGUCCGCUUCUCCGAUUACUUUCCCUUGUACUUCAAUGGACAGUACUGGCUUUGGUGGAUAUUUCUUUUGAUUAGCCUCCUGCUUUUCUUCAGAGGAUUUUACAGUUACCUUAAAGUCAGGAACAUGUCUGAAAGGUUGGCCACUGCCAAUAGAACAAGAUAUAUCUUCGCAAAUUAAGAGAUGCAUUGGGCCAGUCAUUUCUUUCCUCUACCACUGAAAUCUCCAGAUGAUCUGUAAUUCUCCAACUUAUUGGUGUGGAAGACUACUAAUAAUAGAAGAUGGAAGAAAUAGAGGCUUCAAAAUAAAUGACAGGGUGCUUAAAUUUCA